CGUCAAUCGCGACUGGCAGCUUUUUGCAAAGAUCCUGCUGUUUUCAAAGUUGAUUAGUGCUGUCGAAAUCCAUAAUUUUUAACAACCUGUUUCCUUGUCAUACAUUUGCUCGCCGGAACGAGCAAUCGAACAAAUUUUGGUGUUGAAUUAUUGGCGCUAGAAGUGUGCAAAAUUAUUCCAAUCGGACAUCAGUUUCCGAGGAACGAAGCACAGUAGUUCUAGAACAAACUCGUCACCUCUCGCUCGCUGUAGUGUGGGGGUGAGGUGAGUAUUCGUGAGUGAGUGUGAGGAGAAAUAAGUGUAUAAAGUAGCAGUGUGGGAGCAGCUGGUGCGGAAAACCCGUGCUAGGAAGUGCGAAAUUCAAACACACGUCGAACGAGCAGAGAGCGCUGAAAGUUUUCUUCGGGAAAUAAAACGAACAACCAAGAAGGAAAAUCUGACGGAAUAAGAAGAUCAUCGUUUCAAUGUCGCAACAGGAGCAACCUCAGCAAUCUCAGCCAACUGUGCGGCAUAUUCCGAUCUUCGUCGAGGGAAGAUCGGAGCCGUUGGUAAACAAAAUUCCGGACAGCCAGCCAAGCAACAAUUCGUCGACCAGCUCGAUGCCGGAACCACCCCGAAUGGAGAUGCCAUCUCACAAUACCAGUGACUUUUUCAAACAUGGAUCUCUGUUUGACCGUGCUCGAGAUUUUCCAGUGCGAACGUUUCCCAAUUCAACAUUUUUCAACAAGAGCAGCCCUGCCCGGGAAUCAUCCCCGGCUAGACAAGUUCCUAUCUUCACCGAUAGUGGAUUUACCACGACGACAAUGCCUCUAUCACAGCAGCCGCCAUCUCGGGGCUCCUCGCAGCCGCGACAAACGCCUUCGCCUCCGAGCGCUGCCCAACAACAAACUCAGUAUCAGCAACAACAGGCUAACCGCUACCAACAGCAAAAGCAACAAGAACAGGAAGCCAAACAACAAACGACCACUGCCCAUGAUCAGCCAGAUGCACAGGCGAAACCGCCACCAGCAGCAGCUCAACCGGCUGCCAACGAUCCGAUUAGCAAAAUUCAAAAGAUACAGCGGGAUGUGUUGGCAAUCUUCGAUCAAGUCGAACGGUUUCAGGGCGGAAAGGACGGUAAACGUGACAAAACCUAUAUCUAUCUGGACGAGAUGCUAACACAGAACCUUCUCAAACUGGACUCGAUUGAUGCGGAGGAUCAGCCGCAGAUAAAAUCCGCCCGGAAGGAAGCCAUCAAGAGUAUAAACCACUGUAUUGCCGUCCUGGAGGCCAAAGCCGAAGCCGGCGUCGUCGAACGAACUGACAGCAACGAACAGGUGCCUAACGGAACGACCGAUCGGACCGGCUCCGGUGCUUCACUUUCCCACUCUUCGUCCAACCAAUCUAGUCAACAGCAGCAGCAGCAACCUGAGCAGCAGUAAAAUUUUCAACACUAUCCUAUCUAUGGGGCUUCUCGUUCUUGGUGUGAUACUUUCGCCGGUUGUAACUACUUUCUUAUCUUUCGGAGUUGAUUAUCUUGAAGUGGCAUUUUCGAGGUAAUCGUACCAUGGCAGCAUACCCACGAAAUAUUGACAUAACCGGUUAAUACUAUAUUUUUUUAAACAAAAAUCAAGAGAAAAUUGCAGUUAACGAUCGAUAUGCCAGGAUGUGUGUAUGGCUAUGAACUUGAAAAAGGCUUUUUAUUGGAAAUGCAUGUUACAAAAAUACUAACAACAUAUAAUUUUAACUAUGAAGUUCGGCCAGUGAAUGUAUUGUUCAGGUAAGUUUGCAACUUGUUUAAUAAAAUUUCAUUGUCAACGUGUAAAUUUCAAGAUCUUUUGAUAAACCUAUCCAAGGUGGUUUAGAGAUUCACAUUUUUGAAUUUAUCCAUUUCAACAUAGUUUAUAUGAAAUAUUAAUAAACGUGUUUAUAAGCUUACGGGUUAUCACGUUCAUUUGUUCGAUUAUGAUCGGCUACCAAAAUAAUUUUGCAAUUGUUUUCGAAGAUUCGCUAUAUUUCUGUGAUGCUGUCCAUUGUUUUUGUUACUCGAUUCUGCAGAAAUACCUAAGCAUUCAAUCCAUUGCAACAUAAGUUUCAACAUGAGGAAACUGGAAACCUGUUGUAUAUAAUACUUUGCGUAACAAACUGCUAAAAUACCGGCAAGUAGAUGUAGGUAAAUAAUCAAUAUUGCCUGCUUUCGUCUAUAGCUUUUGACUGUAUUCAAAUUUAUUUUGUAAUCAUUUGCAACAUUGAAAAUGUCAUAUUCAUAUUUCUUCUAUGCCCUUCAUUUUACCACGGAUUUUUUCCAACGCUGUCCUCAUUAUUUUUUGAAAUUUUCCAAUGCUUGGCUGACUUAAACAUAAAACUCAGUUCUGAAUGAGUUUCUCAUUGCGAAUUUACGUAGAAAAAAGCUAUCUAACAAGAAACUAUACCCGUAGAAAAGCAAACCGCUUAUAUAGAAAAGUCUACUAUUUAUUUUUGCUCGUUUUCACAAUUCUUAUUAAUUUAAUUGCCAUCAUUUAUGACGUCAAUUCCCUAUAAUUAUGGAACUAGUUUGCCGAACCGUUGAAUUAGGGUAUUGCAUACACAGUAUAGAAAGAUAGACCAUCUAGAAAAAAAGAAUAAAUUAAUAACAAUACUUGUAAUCAAAAUAAUUGACUUGAAAACAUAAGCCUAAAACAUAAUAAA